AGCCAUUAAAAUUGCGUCGAUAAAAAGAAAAUUAUCGCCCGUAUCAAUAGAAACGGUCCCCAUUCGCAGUAGCCUAAAUAGUAGCAGCAAGAGUAAUAGCUGCAUCAACACCCUAGCCCCAAAGAAGAGCUACACAGCAAGGCCAUUGAUAAACCAAACGUCAAUAACAGCGGCUAAGCGUAUAGGCAAAAGGACAUCAGCAACGGAAGCUGAAGCAGGAAGAGAAACAGCAGCCACACUCGAGGCAACAGUUGUGCCAACAUUUGCUAAAACAUCAGAAACUCUGACAGUGUCAACCUUUUCGAAAACAACCAUAACCGCAACAGCGACAUCAUCGUCAUCGCUAUCGCUUUCGUUGUCGUCGUCACCAAACUCUUUGUCAACGACAAUACCAGCACCAGCAUCAGAACUGCCAUCAACAUCAGCCCCGGGAAAGGCAACAAUAACGCCUGAUUGCCCCUCAUUAUUGCUGGCUACAACACCCACAGCAGCAACAACAGCAGCCACCCAACACCAUCUUCUCCAACCACCACUGGGGGCAACCGCAACUGUAACAACUGUUUCAAAUAUUGAUAAAACAAUUGAGACGACAACACCAUCUUCGUCUUUGUCGUCUGGUGGCAAAUCUGAAUAUUUAGAAUUGGCCAAAGACGUCAACAGCAACGAACAAGAAGCAGCAACACCCAAACCCUCACUCACAACCACACCUCCACCAAACGUACCAGUGCCAGAUAUCAAACAGCAGGACGACAGUAGCAGCAGCAGCAAUCCAAGUCAAAACAAUUUGGAAUCCUUAGGUUUAGACAUUUCAUUAUCAUCGACCACCUCUACUGUGUGUAACAGCAUUAAGACGGCCUCUCCUACGCUUGCCUCAAUACAGGCAGUAGCCACGCAUCAGCACCAGCAGCAGCAGCAGCAGCAACUUCAACAACACCAACAUCCACAGCAGCAACCCAUAUUCUAUACUUGCACCGCAGCCUCGACAUCCUUGCUGGCCCAGCCACCACCAACGAAAAUUUUUAAAACGGAUCAUUUGUGUGUGAACGCCUACGGUUUGCCCCCGGUUGCUGCUGCCACCGCUGCUGCUGCUGCUACGGUUGGGCAUCCUUGUGUCUACUGUGUGAUUCCUGUUGUGGGAAGUUCAUCGACACCAGCCGCUACACCUGUUGCCGCUGCUGUACCGCCUCCACCACCGCGUACCGUCUAUCCGGGAGCUCCGCCCCCAGCUCCAACGGUCACUAUAAAAGGGGUUCAUCGUCCGCCGGCUAUGACAAGUCCCGCUACAGCUGUUGCUGCUGCCGCUGCUGCAGCAGGUGGUUUGGCAGGUGCCCAAUAUCGUGGGGCCACUUGGACACCUCAGGGCUAUACACCAGCGGCAGCUGCAGCAGCCGCUGCUGCCGCCGUUGCUCAGCAGGCCUAUCGUUAUACAGCACCAUUGCCGCAACCAACUUACGCUGCAUAUACGCCGCACACUACGACUACACCAGCAACAACAACGUACGGUCAGCGUGUACCCACAGCCACAUCUCCAAGUAAUACAAAUUCAAGCAGCUCAUCAAAUACCGGAUCCCAGAGUGGAACAUUAAGUACUAGUCUAAGUAAUACCAAUACAAAUACAACAACAAUGGGUCCUAACAAUGGUACAACACAAAAUCAUCAAGGCGAACAAUUGUCCAAAACAAAUUUAUACAUACGAGGUCUGCAACAAGGCACAACCGACAAAGAUUUAGUUACUAUGUGUGCACAAUACGGAACAAUUAUUUCCACGAAGGCUAUUUUAGAUAAAACAACAAAUAAAUGUAAAGGUUAUGGCUUUGUGGACUUUGAGUGUCCUGCAUACGCUGAAGGCGCCGUCAAAGGACUGCAGGCAAAGGGCGUUCAAGCUCAAAUGGCCAAAGUGGGUGUUUGGGUACUUCAUAGGCCGGCCAUUCAACAAGAACAGGAUCCCACAAAUUUGUACAUAGCAAAUUUGCCACCCUGCUUCAAGGAGACCGAUCUGGAGGGCAUGCUUUCCAAAUAUGGCCAAGUGGUGUCCACAAGAAUUUUACGUGAUGCUCAAAUGAAUUCUAAGGGUGUUGGCUUCGCCCGCAUGGAAAGCCGUGAAAAAUGUGAACAAAUCAUUUCGAUUUUUAAUGGUCAAAUUAUUCCUGGUGCCAAAGAUCCACUACUGGUUAAAUUCGCCGAUGGUGGUCCCAAAAAGAAGAAUCUCUUCAAGGCUCCCGAUCAGGGUGGACGAACGUGGCGUGAUGUCUCUGCUGAGGGUAUACCAGUGUCCUAUGAUCCCAAUGCAAUGCAACAGAAUGGUGUUAGUGUUAAUAUGGGCACACCCAUUGGAGUGCCAUAUUCACGAUUCGGUGGACCCCAGGUGGGUGGUUAUCCAAUGGCUGGUUCACAAUGGAUUCCCGGUUAUAUGAUGACACAACCGAUCACUCAGGUAGAUGAUCAGUAUAUGCAAAUGGCCACAGCUCCACAAUUGGGUGUUGCUUCCUAUAAACCAGAUGCUGUCAAUCAGGUGCAACCACGCGGCAUAUCGAUGAUGGUUAGCGGCGAUACAGGCGUACCAUAUGGCACGAUGAUGCCACAGUUGGCCACAUUGCAAAUUGGCAAUUCGAAUUUCUCUCCAUCAUUACAGUAUAUUAGUCCAACUUAUCCAUAUUAUGCACAACCUACAAUUAUACCAACAAUGCAAAUGACAGAUUCUGAACAGGCUAGCACAGCUGCAUCACCCGAUGAGGCAUAUACGCAGUAUCCACAUCCAGCCGCUCCCAAAUAGGUUUUCGCGAGAUGUAAUGUUCUAAUACCGCACGUGGCACUUUGAAGGGGCUAAUUUUGAAUGGUUUAACAACAACGAUGGCAAAAGAUAUUUGGAUAAUACAACAGCAGCAGUAAAACAACACAACACACACAACAGCGAAAAAUACUAAAGAAAACUCAAAUAGCAACAACAACAACAACAACAACAACAACAUUCAUUUACAAUAACUUUACAAAUUUAGAAACAGCAACCGAAAAAAACACAAACUUUUGUAUUUAAUGAAACAUGAAGAGGAGGCAACCCCAAAAAACUUCCAUAGAAAGAGGAUAAGAAAACCGAAAAUCCAACCAGAAAACAAACCCAAAUAAACAGAACCCCUCAACAAGAACAGCAGCAACAGUAACAAAAUCAACAACAACAACAACAACUUAUACCAACAAAUUAAGGAUAGCAAAAGUUGAUGGGAAAAAAGUCUACAACUACAACAACCACAACAACAAAAUGGAAAAAUUCAAAACAGUAAAGCAAAGACUAAACAAAUAAUAAUAAUGAUGAAAAAUUUAAUUAUUAUUAUUAUUAUUAAAAAGGUUAAAAACAAAACUAAUGAAAAAGAUUGAAAACAAAAUAAAAUCCAAAAACUGAAACACAAACAACAUUUUGCUAAAUUGAAAGCAAAAUUAAAUAUAGAAACCUAGAAGAGGAGUACAUUUAAUUAUAAACACAAAAACCUAGAAAUUUAAGCUACAGAAGAAUGAAUGCAAGUUAAAAAAAAAACAGAAUUUGAGAACAAAACGAUAAGCAGCAUAAAGCUCUGAAAAUGGAUAAGAAAGUGAAACAAUGAAUGAAUGAAGAAAGACAAAAAUCUAAACCAUGAAAUAGAAAUUGGAAAAAAAAUUAACAUCCAGAGAGAAAACCAAACCGAAAAAAAGAGUCGUUUAAUUUACAAAAACAAAAAAAAAGAAACAAAGAAAUAAGGCAAGAAUAUUUUUAUUUUUGUUCAGCAGAGGUAAAACCAAACUGAAGUUAAAACAUAUGCAUAUAUAUUCAAUAUACACACUAAAGAGAAAAGGUUAUUAAAAGUAAGCCAAUAGGUUGGUUGGUACUGGGAAAAUGACAGAAUAAAAAAGAUAUCAACCAACACUUGAGCCAUGAGUCACAUAGCAGAAA